UUUUUUUUUACCCUCCCUUAUCCUCAGACGCAUCUCCAUCCCAUCGACUCUCGAGCCCGUCACGAGAGAACCCUUCCUUCUUACACACCUCUUCCCAACCAUGCAUUCUUAUUUCUCUACAGAAAAUUAGAAAAAAAAAAAAAAAAAAAGAAAAAAGAAAAAAAAGAGAAGAGAUAGAGAGAGAGAUGAAGAGGGAGCACGAAGAAAGCAGUAGUAGCAGUAGCAGCAGAAGCAACGUCUACGCUUCUCCAACCAUGCCAUCCAACGGUAAGAUGAAGAUCUUAGAACCGCCAGACGCGUCUCCUCCUCUGCAAUCGUCAGACGCGGGCAUGGACGAGCUACUCGCCGCACUUGGAUACAAGGUCCGAGCCUCUGAUAUGGCUGAGGUCGCCCAGAAGCUGGAGCAGCUCGAGAUGGUACUCUGCAACGCGCCUGAGGAUGGAAUCUCCCAUCUCUCAUCCGACACCGUCCAUUACAACCCUUCCGAUCUAUCCACCUGGCUCGAAUCCAUGCUUUCCGAGCUCAACGCACCUCCUCUAUCCUUCGAUCCGUCUGUCGCGCCGUCUGUAAAUCCCCAAUUCAUCGACGCUCCUGAAUCCUCCACCGUCACCACCGUCGAUUUCCCCAAUUCGAACCGGGACCGACGUAUAUUCAGUUCCGAUUGCGAUCUACGCGUUAUCCCCGGCGAGAUCGUGUAUGCGGAACCUGAGAAGAAGCGGAUGAAAUUGGCACCGUCGGCAGAAUCGGUCGAGUCGGCCCGUUCAGUCGUCCUGGUCGACUCGCAAGAAAACGGGAUUCGGCUCGUCCAUGCGCUGAUGGCUUGCGCGGAUGCCGUACAGCAGGACAACCUCAAGGUAGCGGAGGCGCUGGUGAAGCAGAUCCGACUGCUGGCCGCCUCGCAGGCCGGUGCGAUGCGGAAGGUGGCCACGUUCUUCGCGAAGGCGCUGGCGCAGCGCAUCUACGGGGUUCGCCCCCCGGAGUCGCCGCUCGAUUCGUCCUUAUCCGAUAUCCUGCAGAUGCAUUUCUACGAAGCGUGCCCGUACCUGAAAUUCGCUCACUUCACCGCCAACCAAGCGAUCCUGGAGGCGUUCGCCGGGAAGAGCCGUGUCCACGUGAUCGAUUUCAGCAUGAAACAAGGACUCCAAUGGCCUGCCCUGAUGCAGGCGCUGGCGCUACGCCCAGGCGGCCCGCCGGCCUUUCGAUUAACGGGAAUUGGCCCACCUCAGCCUGACAAUACAGACCCCUUACAGCAGGUAGGCUGGAAAUUAGCCCAAUUGGCGGAGACGAUCCAUAUCGAAUUUGAGUACCGAGGGUUCGUUGCGAACAGCCUAGCAGACCUUGAGCCCUACAUGCUCGAUGUCCGGCCUGGCGAUGUCGAGGCUGUGGCGGUUAAUUCAGUGUUCGAACUGCACCCACUGCUCGCUCGGCCUGGCGCAAUCGACAAGGUGCUGGCGACUGUGAAGGCGGUGCAGCCGACGAUUGUGACAGUGGUAGAGCAGGAGGCAAACCACAACGGACCGGUGUUCCUAGACCGGUUUAACGAAGCACUGCACUACUACUCAACGAUGUUCGAUUCGUUAGAGGGGUGUGGGAUGUCGCCGCCGAAUGGGCAGGACCAGCUGAUGUCAGAGGAGUACCUGGGGAGGCAGAUACUGAACGUGGUGGCGUGUGAGGGGACAGAGCGGGUGGAGCGGCACGAGACGCUGGGGCAGUGGCGGGGUAGAAUGGGUGGGGCUGGGUUCGCGCCGGUGCACCUUGGGUCAAACGCGUUUAAGCAGGCGAGCAUGCUGCUGGCGCUGUUUGCAGGUGGGGAUGGGUACAGAGUGGAGGAGAACAACGGUUGUUUGAUGCUGGGUUGGCAUACCAGGCCGCUCAUUGCGACUUCAGCUUGGCAUAUCGUCGAACAGGUGUAGGGCUAGUGGUGCCGACUCAGUUGAGUGAGGGAGAGUGAAUCUUUCCCGAGUUUGGACUCGGACACGACCGGCUCUUGUUCUCUUUUUUGUUUUUCUUUUCUUUUUUUUUUAUUUUUCUUUGAAUUUUUGUAUUUUCUGGUUUUUUUUUUUCUUUUUUUAAUCUGAAUGGAUCCAUCUCAAUGUGUAUUUAUAAAUAUUUUUAAUAAAAAAAUCGAAGAUCUCUUAGGUUUUUA